AUGGCUGGUUUAAAUAUUACAGAGAACGAUAUUCCUGACCUUCACGGCAAAAAGGCCGUCAUCACGGGUGGAUCUUCGGGCAUUGGUUUCGCAGCAGCUACAAUCCUGACUGCCAGAGGUGCCGAAGUCUUUAUUUUGGAUAUCGAAGAGCCAGAAGAGCAUGGCAACACAUCAAUGCACUGGAUCAAGUGUGAUAUCAGCAAAUGGUCUGACCUGGUUUUCGCAUUUGCCCAAGUCGAUGUUGUGCAUAUCGCGAUCGCCAAUGCGGGCGUGAGCGAAGAUGGAACAUACCUGAGCGACGAAUAUGAUGAGAGCGGUAAUUUGCUAGAGCCAUCAUAUAAAGUGAUUGAUGUGAACUUCAAGGGCACUCUGAAUUUCAUCAAGCUCGCAUGCAAUGCAAUGCGAACGCAUAGCGUCGAAGGCAGUGUCGUAAUUACGUCCAGCGCAACUGCAUAUGCGGCAGAGCAGAGCCUACCGGUUUAUAGCGGUACUAAGGCAGCGUUGGUAAAUUUUAUGCGUGCCAUGAGGUCGUAUCUGCGUGAUACCGGUAUAACUAUCAAUGUUGUAGCUCCAGCUGCCACUAUCACGAAGCUCCUUCCAGCAGAUCUUGCAGCGCCAAUUCUGGCGGCGAAUCUCCCCGUCAGCACAGCACACUUUGUAGGGUUGGCUGUCGUAUAUUCAGCUGUAGCAACAGAAUCUAAGAAAGCACAAUCCUAUGGGAGGGACACGCUGGAGUGGGAGAGAGCGCCUGGUCGUUGGAAUGGGAGAACCAUUCUGACACACGGAGACGUAUACACCGAGCUUGAAGGACCUUUGUCGGAUACGCGUCAUAUCUGGUUUGGGGAUGAGAAUGUUCGACAGACAAGAUUGCAACAGUCCAUGACGGACUUCAGAGCCGGAAAUUAG